GUAAUAUUAAAACAGAGCACACACACACGCGUGCGUCAGUGAAACUGAGUAUAUAAGCGAUGCAAAUGGCAAUUGCCUGCAUUACCCACCCUUUCAUCGAGCCGACACAGCAGCUCCUGCAGCAAUGAAGUACCAUAUUUUCCUGGGACUAUUUGCCGUGGCGGCCGCGUAUCCUGGCAUCAUUCACCAGGAGGUCCCACAAAUCGCAGAGAAGUUCGAUCAAGGCGUCAUCGGCGAAUCGGGACAUCAUCAUCAUGUCCAACACGAACACGCCAAGUCACAUCAAUCAAUCAAAUUCGAGCAUUUCCACCCCGUUCCUGUAUACGUCAAGAAAGAGCACAGCCAUCUUCUGAAGCAUCCUCUUGAAAAAGGAAAAUCUGAACAAAACCUGAAGCAGAUCCACCCCGAAGCACAACAUAGUCAUGGCGGUGGCUUGGUAUUGGAAGACCACAGGCUGGAUACUGAACAGUUCGCUGCUAGCCUCGGUCACGGAGGUUUCGAGCAAGGUGGCCUCGGUCACGGAGGCUUUGAACAAGGAAGCAUCGGUCAUGGAGGCUUCGAGCAAGGUAGUCUCGAACAUGGAGGUCUGAGCCAAGGAGCUCCAGAACACGGCGGUCAACAAGGCGGUUACGAGCAGGGGGGCUAUGAACAAUUCGCGGGAAGCUACGAAGGUGGUGAAGGCUUGAAAGCAUACGCCGAACAACAGCCAGAGAUCCAAGGACAGUACUACUCUGAACACACUCAAGCACUUGGAGCCGAAAGCGGAGAGGGUUACAAAUUCGAACACUACAAUUAACUACCUAGCUUCAUUCUUACAGGCACACCCGAGGAGAAUAUCUCCACACUCUCAAAUAUUAUUUAAGGUUUACUUCUUGCCUGUCGAUACUGAUUGCAUCAGUAUUUGGGAUGAGCUGAGGCUUUGUUAUGCUUCAAAAUUUAAUCUUAAUGUACCUGAUUUAUUUAUAUAAGAAAAACGUAGAUUGGUCGAAUAGCCCGUGAAUUCUUUGGUAGUGUAAAAAUGUGAGGAAGUGUGUUAAUUACGUAAAUUAUGACAGUAUGUAUAAUGUAUUGUAUUAUUGUUUGUAAAUGCGUUUUUAAUAGGAGUGAUUAAGGAAAGCGGUACUGUAUGUUUAUUCAGUAGAUUCAAUUCUCUGCUUGAUUUUUUUUAGUAUUAUUAUGAUAAGGAUGUAUGACGAGUCCCAGUGAAAUUGUGAUAUUAAUAAAAUGUUGAAUUUUA